AUGCAACCGGCUUCUUUCCCGCCGCAUUCGGAGCACCUGAGCAUCUUCUCCCCGCCGCAUUCCGAGCAUGCAACCGGCUUCUCCCCGCCGCAUUCCGAGCAUGCAACUGUCUUCUCCCCGCCGCAUUGCGAGCAUGCAACCGGCUUCUCCCCGCCGCAUUGCGAGCAUCCAACCGGCUUCUCCCCACCGCAUUCCGAGCAUGCAACUGUCUUCUCCCCGCCGCAUUGCGAGCACCCGAGCGUUUUCUCCCCGCCGCAUUGCGAGCAUGCAACCGGCUUCUCCCCGCCGCAUUGGGAGCAUGCAACCGGCUUCUCCCCGCCGCAUUGCGAGCAUCCAACCGGCUUCUCCCCACCGCAUUCCGAGCAUGCAACUGUCUUCUCCCCGCCGCAUUGCGAGCACCCGAGCGUUUUCUCCCCGCCGCAUUGCGAGCAUGCAACCGGCUUCUCCCCGCCGCAUUCCGAGCAUGCAACCGGCUUCUCCCCGCCGCAUUGCGAGCAUGCAACCGGCUUCUCCCCACCGCAUUCCGAGCACCCGAGCGUUUUCUCCCCGCCGCAUUGCGAGCAUGCAACCAGCUUCUCCCCGCCGCAUCCCCAACACCCAAGCGUCUUCUCCCCACUGCAUUCGGAGCAUGCAACCGUCUUCUCCUCGCCGCAUGCCCAACACCCAAGCACCUUCUCCCCACCGCAUUCCCAGCACCCGAACUAG